ACCUUCUGAUGGAGAAGCACGGCUGCGAUUUAGGGUCAGUUCAGUCCUCCUUCUCCAUUCUUAACGAAGCAAGCAAGUGAAAGUUUGAGCUGCACCGUCGCGAUCACCGAUCUUUUAGUAAAGCUUUCGUCUUGGACACGUAAAUGCGUGCCAGUGUUUGAAAUCGCGGCGUGAUGUAGCCAUGCCAAGUGUCCAGCACCGUCCGACACCUGCACCAUGGGCAGAAGCAAGGAGCUUCUGCGAGGGACAACGGCCGCGUGGCUGCUCUGGCUCGGCCUGUUUUGGACAGCAGCACAAGUGCACGCCAGCGAAACCGCCGCCGACACGGCAACUGUCCUAGAAAAUUCAACCAUAAUUGCAGCGGCGCAAGAUGUGCCGAAAGUUGAUGAGGCUUCGUCGCUGCCUGAAAAUCACAACAACGCUCACUCGCUCGCCCAACAAUUGUCAACUAUGGCGAGCACAGUUAUCUCGACCGAGAAUCCAUCGACGUCGCGUCGCCGCUUCGUCCUCCGCGGCAACAAUAAACACAGCACUUCUUCAACUCCGCCAACAACCACCUCUACUUCCUCGUAUAACGCGAACAGGUCGCGAAAAAGGCACAACCCAGUAACAGUUUCGAGCACAAAGGCGGCGCCGGUGCUGGAAUUCGGUCAGAAGCUGAUCGUUUCCGCCACCAGGAAUUCCUUUAACGAAUUCAAGUCGACCAUCACGACGCCGUCGGCGGCAACAAAGGCGCAAAACAACAAUUCGAACGAACCCGCAUCGAGCACCACUCCAUCACCGACGACCACCACCAACGCCCCGUUGGCAAACACAAGCAAAAUUAUAGAAUCCACCCUUCCGCCGCCGUCCACCAGCACAAUCAGCAAACACCAAUUUUCGGCAAAAAUUCUGCCGGCCAGCACUUCUUUCGUCCAAACCACACCGUCCACUCGGGUCCAUUCAAGCGAGUCGUACAACGACAUCGUGGCGCUUCGACGGCGGCGGAAGAAAAUUUUGCGCCGAAUGCCGGCUGCAGAUGUGAUUAGCGAAGGAAACGCCAGUUCGAGUGACCCGGUGAUGAACGCCGCCCUUGUGCGCCGGAAAACUUUAUUCACGCCCCAAAGAAACGGUUCCUCCGUCCAGGCCAGUGUGGUGCGAAGACCACUGUUGCGACUGCCAACGAUUGUUGCCAAUGCAGACGAGGCGGAGGACGUCAUUCGCAAAAUGCUCACGACGUUCCUGCCCUCGAACAACAAUUACACGACCAGCACCCGAGUAAUCACGCUCGAAGGUAUUUCCAACAAAACCGGCGUGCAAAAUAGCACCGUCGAAGAAACUAUAAAAGAAAUCACAACCCUUUCGCCCACCACUGGAAUUAAAAUCGAGUCGACGACCUCAACGACGCGGCGCCCAAUUUCUUUAUCCACUACUACCACUUCUGCUUCUUCUUCUACUUCUACUACUACCACACGGGCGCCGAUUACUACCAGGAAGUCUUAUACUUCAACGUCGACCGAAAAGACAACAACCAAAGUGCGACCGCAAGUUGUUUACAAAACGGAAGGGGUCAGUUUUGCGAGCGGUCGGCCGGUGCCCACAAACGCCUCGCGGCCUUUCUUGGGCGCCACGCACAAUACCGUAGGUCAGGGCGGCCACAACGAGUCAAGUGUCGGUCUUAUCUCUUACGUCCUCUUCUCACUGGGCGUCGUCGCCCUCAUCGGCGCUGUCAGCUAUGCAGCCAGGCAUUUGGCAAACAAAAGACGCAGAAUGCUGGACGAGUCCGAUUCAUCUUAUUCAGGCGACAGCAGCAUGGCCGGCGUGACACUAAGCAGGCCGUCGCCAAAGGGCGAGGGAGGAAUUUUGUCAAGAAUUCAGCAAGUUUGGCCGACAGAUAAAGGCCCGCUAUCUACGCCGAUACAACAUCCCGAGUGGCAUUUUCCACGCCAUAAACUCCGGCUGCAGACCGUUCUGGGCCAGGGAAACUUUGGACAAGUCUGGAAGGCGGAGGCCGAGGACAUUUGCGGCAUCACAGGCACCAGACUGGUCGCCGUCAAGAGCACCAAAGCCGGCGCCGGCGAGCGUGAAAAAUCCGACCUGCUGAGGGAAUUGGCCAUUAUGCAGCAACUCGGGUCUCACCCCAAUGUGGUCACCCUGCUGGGCUGCUGUACUGAGCAAGAGCCGCACCUCCUCAUUAUGGAGUACGUGAUGUACGGCAAACUUCUGGCUUUUCUCCGGGACCAUCGAACGCGGCGAGAUUUUUUGCAGUUCUCGUCGAGUGACGACGACGGCGGCGAACAGGCGCUCACUUCUUGGGACCUCACCCACUUUGCCUACUGCAUCGCCAAGGGGAUGGAAUACCUCGUCUCUAGAGGCAUAAUCCACCGUGACCUGGCGGCUCGAAACAUCUUGGUCGAUCACAAUAAGCAGUGCAAGAUCGCCGACUUUGGCAUGUCCAGACACGCGCGAGACUCCUCUGGAGAGGUUUACGAGCCAAAGCAAAAGGGCGCACUACCGAUUAGAUGGAUGGCACCAGAAUCUCUUGAAAAGAGCAUUUUCACCCACAGAUCAGACGUCUGGAGCUUUGGAAUCACGAUGUGGGAAAUUGUCACUUUGGGUUCCACUCCAUACUCGACUAUGGGGGCCCGCGAAGUGAUGCGCAAAGUGCGGGACGGCUACCGACUGGAGCGGCCGCUGCACUGCAGGCCAGAAUUAUUCCGCGUCAUCGCCAGUUGUUGGAUCUCCGAUCCGUACCUUCGUCCCGACUUUGCGCAGCUGAGGACCGAACUAAGGCGGCUGCAGGACGAGGACAUCGCGUGUCCCGCCGGGGGACACAUUGACGUGCAGGCAGCCAAUCCUCCGCCUCCGUCGUCGGCCUCCACGUUGAUGGCCAACUCGACUGGACACCUGCUCUCCGACCCUGGCGGCAUGUGACCGCAGCUUUUUUCUAAGAUUCCAAAGCUCCAUUAUUAAGUAAGAGAAAGAAAGAAAGAAAGAAAGAAAGAAAGAAAGAAAGCAAGAAAGGGAGGAGCUGUGAAUUGAUAGAUAUCGGAUGAAAUAAUGAAAUAAAAAUACAUAUAUGGAAUUAUUACAGUGCGAACAAGAGAGUUCAAGAGAUUAAAAGUUAUAUCCAACGCAAAACAAUGUUGUAAAAUGAACACUUACUAUCUAGUCGAUUUUUAUUUUGUUUGUUUUUUGAGAAUUGCUGAUGGCGUGCGAAGAGAGUCCACAAUGAAUGAGGAAGGAUUGAUUUGUCAAAUAAAUACAACUGAAAAAUUAGUUUAAUACAGACCGAAAAAUGUCAUCGUUUUGUUGACGCAACAGGCGCAGAUUGUGGCACUGUUAUGGUUUAGGAAAUAAAUUAUUGUUUUGCAAUAAAACGUUA